AUGGACGCAGGCGGUCUUACUCAAAUGACUCAAAAUUCUUCGUUCAAUAGCCCUUCGCUAGGCGUUCCGGGUACUGGUUACGCUUCUCGAGGAAAGGGCACUCAUAUCAAACGCCUGAGUGUUCCUCCUCAGAUUUCGACUAUUGAUGAGGCCGCUCCGGCCACCAACAUUGCCACACCCCGGACCAGUCGUUCCCAUCUCUUGGCUGGCCUGCGUACUGCCCCCAAGUCGGCCACCGUUCCUUCUACAUACCACCAGCAAUUUCAGGGCCAUGGCCGUGUUGGACUUGAUGGUAGUCGCUAUGCAAUCUCCUCGAACAGGGCUGGUGAUCGUGUCCCUCAGACGGCAACAGGGGCUACCUUCUCUCAUCACUCGUAUGGACUGGAUUCACAGAGUGCAAACAUGGGAUACAACACAAGCCGUCCUCUUUACUCUCUUCCAGAGCAAGUGCUAGCGCCACCGGCGAUUGACUUGGGAGAUGUUGAGGCCAUGGAUGAAAAACUUUACGCUGAGCUCAUGACCACCAACCUAUUCUUAGCUGCGCAGCAGCAGCGCCUCCAGCAGCAGUUGAUGAGUGUUACUGCUGCUGCUCAGCAAUUCCAAAAUUUAAAUAUGGGUGGCAACCAUCUCAAUCAGCAAUUCCAACAGCAGUUUACACAGCAGCAGCACCAGGGCCAGGGGCAAUUCGCAUCCUUUGUUCCGGGUAUGAGUUUGUAUCAACAACAGCUGCAGCAGGGUAUGCAGCCCAUUGUCCAACCCGUUUCUGGCCAACCGGGUUUGUAUUCAGUGUACAAUCCAAUGACCGGGCAACAAAGCUUCGUAUUCGAUAACAGUACUCCUUCUCCCCAGGAGGAAGAUCCUUUACCUUCUUACCACGAGUCAAUUCAAUCGCCUAUUGGAAAUUCUACAGUACCCUUCCGCGCUGAAGUUUCACCACCUCCGGAAUCCACCCAGACUUUUUAUCAUUCUUCCCGGUCUGGGUCACCCAAGGGUACUCCAUCUCCUCCGAAUGCCACUCCGCCGCUUUCAUCACUUAAUGAAAAUUCUUUGAGACGUAAUCACAAGAAAAGCCACUCAUUUGUCCCUGGCUUGCGUGCUAACACCGAACUCGCACGAACAGGAGGCACAGGCCCACGGUCUGCUGCUCUUCCCCCCACGCCUUUGACAGGUACGUUUGGACCCGGUCAGGGUCGCGCAGGUGAGCAUCCCAGUCGCCAGCCACGAGGACCUCCUGCGCUUGAGGAGCUCGUUGCCAAGCCCACGUCGAAAUAUGAGGGCAGCAAGAAUUUUGCAACUCGCCAGCGACGACGGGCGGUUCACAACUUAGUACGUGCGGGAAUUGAGCGUCGAGGCGAAUCUCGAAGCAAUAACGGCAGUGGCGGAAGUAACACACCAGCCAGCGAAACUGAAUUUGUCUUUUCUGUCUCCGAUGGGGACGACAGUCGUCGCGGUAGUGGCAGCCUUUCUAGCAAACCUAGCUUGGGGAGCUUGCGCGCCUUCGCUAAUGGGGCUAUUGGAUCCGAGAUUAAGGAGAAAGAUCGCACGUCGCGAGACCGGGUCUCUCAGGAAAACUUGUAUGUACAGUCGACCCCUGGUGGUGAAGAAAGUUUUCCUAGUGCCCUGUCUCCCCUGGGCCCUCCAUCGGCUGCUUCUAUUGUCGCUGGUCAUCGAUCUGUUAACCAGAGCACCGAGCGACGAAAGACGCCAAUGUUGGUGCUAUCCAGUGCGGAGAAGCGGAAAGGCCCUAUCAUGUGA